AUGGGCUACGAGGUCGUUCGGAUCCGCCUCGGCGGGGGUAUGCAGACGGUGCUUCAAGUGAUGAUCGAGCGGGCUGACCGCGUGCCGCUGACCGUAGACGACUGUGCUGCGGCAAGCCGCGCCAUCUCGGCACAAUUCGAAAACGACAACCUGCCUGCUGCCGACUAUACGUUGGAGGUGAGCUCGCCGGGAAUCGACCGGCCGCUGGUGCGGCUCGCCGACUUCGCGCGGUUCGCCGGAUUCGAGGCCAAGGUGGAGAUGAGCGAGCCGCUGGAGGGCCGCCGCCGCUUUCGCGGCCGGCUGCAGGGCGCCGGCGACGGAUGCGUGCGCAUGACCGUGGACGAUCACGACGUCUCGCUGCCCUAUGACAUGAUUCGCGCGGCGAAGCUCGUGCUGACCGACGAAUUGCUGGCCGCGAGCCAGGCGGCGGAGCGGCUGUGA